AAAGGUGAGCGGGCGGGCGGCGAGAGCAGGCAGACGCAGCAUGUGGCGGCGUGCGGGGGUCGCCCAGGCCGGGCGGGCAGGGCUGAGGGGGGGGAGCGGGCCCUUCCGCCUCGGGCUGCUGGUCCUCCUGGCCCUGCCCUGGGGGUCGGCGGUGCCACCGGGCCCCGGGUGGCCCGAGCCCGUGUUCGGGCGCCUGGUGUCCCCCGGCUUCCCGGGGCCGUACCCCGACCACCAGCAGCAGCGCUGGAACCUGACGGCGCCCCCCGGCUUCCGCCUGCGCCUCUACUUCACCCACUUCCACCUGGAGCCGUCCUACCGCUGCGAGUACGACUUCGUCCAGCUGAGCGCCGGGAACAAGGUGCUGGCCACCCUGUGCGGGCAGGAGAGCACCGACACCGAGCGGGCGCCGGGCACCGACCACUUCCUGUCGCCGGGGCCCCGCCUGGACGUGACCUUCCGCUCUGACUACUCCAACGAGAAGCCCUUCUCGGGGUUCGAGGCCUUCUACGCGGCGGAGGACAUCGACGAGUGCCAAGUGCCCCCCGAGGGGCCGCCCGUGUGCGACCACCACUGCCACAACCACCUGGGCGGCUUCUACUGCUCCUGCCGGGCCGGCUACACCCUGCACCCCAACCAGCGCACGUGCUCAGCCCUGUGCUCGGGCCAGGUUUUCACCAACCGGUCUGGGGUGCUCAGUAGCCCCGAAUACCCGCAGCCGUACCCCAAACUCUCCAGCUGCGCCUACAGCAUCCGUCUGGAGGAGGGGUUCAGCGUCGUCCUGGACUUCGAGGGCCCCUUCGACGUGGAGACACACCCCGAGGCCCAGUGCCCCUACGACUUCCUGAAGAUCCACACGCACAGGGACACCUACGGCCCCUUCUGCGGGGGGUCCCGGCCCCCCCGCAUCGAGACCAGGAGCAACACGGUGACCGUCAGCUUCGUCACCGACGAGUCCGGAGAGCACACGGGCUGGAAGAUGCGCUACAGCAGCACAGCCCAGCCCUGCCCUGAGCCGACAGCGCCACCGCACGGCCGCCUCUCGCCGGUGCAGGCGCAGUACGUGUUCCGGGACCGCGUCUCGGUCUCCUGCGAGCCGGGCUUCGCGCUGCUGCGGGGUUCCGUGGCCCUGGGGGCAUUUGCUGCCGAGUGUCAGAAGGACGGAAGCUGGGACCAGCCCAUGCCGGAGUGCAGCAUUGUUGACUGUGGACCACCUGAUGAGCUGCCCAACGGCCAAGUGGACUACGUCACAGGGCCGGAAGUGACCACGUACAGAGCCGUGAUCCAGUACCGCUGUAACGAGACCUUCUACACAAUGGGCAGGGGUGACGGUAAAUAUGUGUGCGAGGCUGAUGGAUUCUGGACGAGCUCCAAAGGAGAGAGGCUGCUCCCCGUCUGCGAGCCUGUGUGCGGGGUGUCGUCCCGCAGCACCGAGGGCCGAGUUUACGGGGGCCAGAGCGCCAAGCCCGGCGACUUCCCCUGGCAAGUGCUGCUGCUGGGCCCAGGGACGGCCGCGGGCGCGCUCGUGUCUGACAGCUGGAUCCUGACGGCUGCCCACACCGUGUACGCACAGAAGGACGACCCCACUGCCCUGGACAUCAGGAUGGGCGCCCUCCAGAGACUGUCCCCCCAGCACACGCAGGCCUGGGCCGAGGCCGUGUUCAUCCACGAGGGCUACCGGCCCGAGGCAGGCUUUGACAACGACAUCGCCCUCAUCAAGCUGAGGGACAGGGUGGGCAUCAGCAGCCACCUCCGGCCCGUCUGCCUGCCCGGGCCAUCGGCAGAGUCCUUCAUGACGACCAACACCACGGGGACCGUCUCCGGGUGGGGGCUGACCCAGAGGGGCUUUCUGGCCAGGAACCUCAUGUUCGUGGACGUACCGGUGGCAGACCGUCAGAGCUGUGCGAGGGCCUUUAAGUCGGUCCCCAAGACCCAGGUGACAGACAAUAUGCUGUGCGCGGGGCUGGAACACGGGGGCAAGGACAGCUGCAAGGGGGACAGCGGCGGGGCCCUCGUGUUCCUCGAUACGGACACACAGAGGUGGUUUGUGGGCGGGGUGGUGUCCUGGGGCCCCAGCCACUGCGGGGAAGCCGGCCAGUACGGGGUCUACACCAAAGUCCCCAACUAUGUGCCCUGGAUCAAAAAGAUAAUGAACAACUUUUAACACACCCUCAGCCGGGAAGCGGUUCCUCGUUUUCAGGGCGCGGCCGUGGGUCUGAUUCCCGGCACCACGGAGGGUAAAAAUCAGCGAGCCCUGAGAGACCCUGGCAGCGGGCACCCUGACGAGCGGCAGCUGUGGCUGCAGCCGAGGCCGGGCUCGCCCCGGCCCUGACCCACAGACGCUGCAGGGCUCCCAGCGCCGGGCUCGGUCAAGGGCGUGUGCAAACACCGGCUCCGUUCUGCGUUGAUCUCGGGGACGUCGGCAUGGGGGCUUCACCUCUCGGGGUCAGAGCGGGGGCGCGAGCUGGGUGGGCCGUACCAGGCACGAGCCUUACGCACGGUGCUAGGUACUAGCUCGCUCUCAGCCCAGAAUGUCUAAAAACAAACGGGAAAUCGGAAACAUGGCAACUCUGGCCUCGGCAGCCACCCCUUUCCGAGUGAAAGCCAGUCACACAAGGUGUCGAUUUUUCUUGCCAAACUGGCAAAAGCCCAAAUACGGAACAGCCCCGGCCAUCGCCAGGCUAUCCCUGCCCUAACGGAAGCCCAGCGGCCGCCUCAGCAGCCCGCACGCACGCCGGCCUGGGCAUGACCGAGCACCCCAGACGCUGCCUUUUAGUUACCUACUUUAAGCCAGAAGAGGAUGGAGUCAAAAAUCUUCUUGUUCACCGACAAAACUACAUGAGAAUUAAGUGGUUUUAAAUAUGGAAUUUCACUGCUUACAAGAACAUGGAACAUUCAAGCACACUUAAAGGAGCUCGUGCCGCCCGCCUCCCUCACACGCACCUGUCCCGGUCAGCUCUCCCCCUGCAUCUCCUUCCUGACACACUUGACUGUUUCCCGGCCACUCCUAGGGGUACUUAGACCACCAUGUGCUGGGGAUCAAAUUCAGUCUCCUCUGAGAUGUCUUCAGGCCAACACUGAAACAAACCCCUCGCUCUAGCCAGUCACCCCUCCGUGCAAAAACUCACAGUGAGCCUGGCUACUUUCUCCUGCGUAAACCAAGUGCAGCUUUUUUUUUUUUUGCUUUUUGGGUCACACCCUGCGAUGCUCAGGGGUUACUCCUGGCUCUGCACUCAGGAAUUACUCCUGGCGGUGCUCGGGGGACCCUAUGGGAUGCUGGGAAUUGAACCCGGGUUGGCUGCGUGCAAGGCAAACGCCCUACCCGCUGUGCUAUCACUCCGGCCCCAAGUGCACCUUCUUUAGACUCACUUUUCAAAGUCACUUUUAUAGCAUCUGAUCCACAUAAAAAGGAACUGUUUUGUUUUUCCAGUAAGACUCCAGACGUUCAACUGUGGUGGCAACAAAAUUUUUUAUUCAACUGGUUCAAAAAAAUUUUUUUUCUUUUUUUUAAGAAUGAAAGCAUUUAGAUGACCAAAUAGACUUGAAAACAAAUCUCUGCCCAAUAGUUAUACUUCUACACGUCUGACUUCUGGGGGAGGGGGCAGUUAGCUACCCAGAGCUCUGGAGAACCAUGAAAGCAGGCAGCCCCACGGUGCAGGGGGGGGAGGAAACCAUGCCAUGGCGAGAGAACUUACCCCGGGCUCCUUGGAGGCUUGCCAGUCUAGUCUCUGGAGGUCCCCGAGUACCACUCUAAGUGUUACGUGUUACUGCUGCAGAGUAACAGUGCAAGGGCUAAAAUGCGAAAUCCAGGCGGUACAGGGUUUGGAAAUCAUGCCAUUCAGAUGCAGGGGAAAAAAAAAAGUCAAAACUCAAGAUCCUUUUACAGAGGAAACUGAAUAAAGCAGCAAUCACAAGUCUACAGGACAAUUCCAUUCACAAAUGUGUCAAACAGGAAACUCACAAAGUCCAUUCAUCAGGAGCUAAGUCAUGGGGUGCCAGGGAAAUACUCAACACAAGAGGCUUUACAUUCUUCUCCCAGAAAACAGGCCCAGCUCAGCUCACAAGCAGUUACAUCAAAGUACAAGAGGAGAAUGUAUCAUUGCUAUUACACACUUCGCAUCGCGGUGAGCGGGAGUUCUGUCAACGCGUCCCACCCCCGCCCCCUUACGCCCAGCUCGGAGGACACAGCCCCGUCCACUCCACACUCCACAGGCAAACCCACCCACUAGGUCUUAAAGCUACCAGGCCUCGGGACGGAUUUCAGGCACGAGACAGUUGUGGCUCUGUCUACCCCUAUUGCAAUUAAUUCCACUUUUCAAACCCCAGACCAGAAAGGCGCAGAACCUUUCCGAGCGAUUAUGCUCUGCGACAAAGCCCUGGAAGCCGCUCACGCUGCUCUGCGCCCCCCACCCCAGCCCCCCCGGCGAUCAGGCAGCCGACUCCCCAGUGGAGUCUCCCCACAGGCCAUGGACACAGGUCACCCGAAGGCACGGAGGCACUGAGAAAAAGGGUUCUGCUUACCAUUGUAGGUGCGGC